UUGAAAUUGGAACGAUGUGACGGAAAAAUUGGAAGUUUAUGCAUGUAGAAAAGUUUCGAUGCGAUAGAAACUUUGGAAGUUUGACGAAGUCCGUGUGCGUCACCGACAUAUGGGUCCCUUCUAGCGGUGCAGAAAGUGAUAAGGUUCAACCAAAGUCGCAAGUCCGCAACGCGACUGUGCACACGAGGCCACUCCACUCCUCUCCUUUGCGCUCGCUCUGCUCUGCCAUGGCGGAGGCGCUCGUCGCCGUCCUCCGGCUCGCGGCGUCCGCCGCCGCCACCGCACGCCCUCAAAGCCGCAGCGGCCGCCACGGCUCCUGCGCGGCGCGCGUCCCCUGCCCCGGCCCGUCCCCGUUCCGCCGCGGCAGGCUCUGCGCGCGGGCCGCGGUGGCCGGCCCGCCGGAGGUGGACGACGACGACGCGAUGACCAUCGACAAUCUCCGCCGCUUCUUCGACGUCAACGUCGGCAAGUGGAAUGGAGCAUUCUACCAAUUCGAUGCGCACGGGAGGGUGCUGCAGGGGAUCAGCACGCGGCUGUCAGUGAGCACCUACGGGGAGGACGACCUCAUCAGCCUCCUGCAAUCGCUGUAUAUCAAGCAAGCUUCUUCUCAGAUAUCGUUUGUAGAUGAGGAGGAUUCUGAAGAGUGGGUGGAGUACAAAAUCAAAGAGACAAACAUGUUCACUGUAGAUAAAUACCAGCAGGUAGGAUUCUUUCAAGAGGAAAAGGCAUUUGCUCUGAGGUAUCAGACUGCUGGAAUGCUGGAGACUGUCCUUCGGGCUGGUGUGCUAGGAGAAGAUGAUACUGGUGAAGAAUCCCCCAAAAACUUGAAGAUCCCUUCUCGUAAGCCAUCUAUUGUAUGUGAGAAUUGCCUUUACUCUCGUGAAGGCAAUGGCCGAGUAAGGGCUUUCCACAUCAUGGACCCAAAGGGAGUGCUCGAUAUGCUUAUAAUUUUCCAUGAAAAGCAGGGAUCUGAAGUCCCACUUAUGUACUCUUCAGAUGAUGCAGAUAUCACCAACAGUGAUAGAAUAGCUCCACUACUGGGAAGAUGGGAAGGCCGUUCUGUGACUAAGAGGAGCGGGGUGUAUGGAGCAACACUUUCUGAAGCUGAUACGGUGGUUCUCCUUGAAAAGGACCGCAAUGGUCAGCUAAUUCUGGAUAACAUGUCAACAAAAUCUGGAUCUAGCACAACAACAACUGUUCACUGGACAGGAUCAGCAAAUAACAACUUGCUUCAGUUUGAUGGAGGAUAUGAAAUGACCUUGUUACCUGGAGGAAUGUACAUGGGAUAUCCGACAGACAUCGGUAAGAUUGUGAAUGACAUGGAUUCUUUUCAUUUGGAGUUCUGCUGGAUGGAAUCACCAGGAAAGAGGCAGCGGCUUGUGCGGACUUAUGACUCAGCUGGUUUGGCUGUUUCAUCAACUUACUUCUUUGAGACUAAAGUAUGAAGGACAACUUUUACUUCGAUAAUUCGUAGAUUUUCUCCAAUGAUCUCAUUGAAGUGUGCGUACUUAGUCUUGCGGCUUGUUACUCGGUAUGCGAUAGCAGAGUAUAUAUUUUUGGACAGCUUCAUCCUAUGCGAAUAGGAGAAACUUAUGAGAGCAGUGUUUUGCUCUUCAUUGGCUAAAAUUCUACUAGCAUGUCGCAUUCAUAUAUUUCCAAGUGGCUUUUUUUCCCUGGUGUGGCUGGGGUAGUUAAACCUUUAGGUUUGGAAUUUGUCUCCCCUUGUAAAUGCCGAUAUCAUCCUGGUCGAAUUUGGUUUUGUUGAA